CAAUCAUGUAUGCUUAUGCUAUUGCCUGACGAUUACUUCAACGAUAUUCUUCCAUUCUCCCGUUUUUUUUUGAAAGUCAUCAAUAUUGACUUAUCUUCAUCAAGAUCAAUAAAUAGAAAACCCUGAAUAAUUUUAAUCAUCGUUUAAAAUAUUUGUUUCGAUCAAUCAUUCGAUUUAUUCGUUAUAAUUUUAAUCGAAUUAUUUGUUUUUCUAGAAUAAUGAAAUCAAUCGAUAAUAAUGAAACAAAAAAACCAUUAUUACGAUUUGGUGUUAUUGCCGAUGUACAAUAUGCUGAUAAUGAUGAUAAACAAGCUUGGUAUAAUCCAACUAAAACAAGAUUCUAUCGUAAUUCAUUGAAACAAGUAAGAAAAGCAUUCGAAUAUUGGGAAUCGUUUGGACGUUCGAAUGAUGAUGUUAAUGAUAAUAAUGAUGAUAAUGUUAAUGAUCAUUGUCCUAUUAGUUUUAUUCUUCAAUUAGGUGAUAUUAUCGAUGCCUUAAGUAAAACAAAAUGUAGUCAUUCAGCUAUUGAUCGUACAUUGAAUUGUUUUUUGGAUAAUACAAAAAUGCCUACAUUUCAUACGGUUGGUAAUCAUGAACUUUAUAAUUUUAAUCGUACAGAACUUUGUCAUUUAUUCGAUAAAUAUCUUUUCCAUCAUAAUGUACAUGAAAAUUUAAAUAUUUUACAUCCAAAAGAAAUGAACGAUUCAAAAACAUUAUUUUAUCGAUUUAAACCUCGACCUGGUAUUAAAUUUAUAUCAUUAGAUACAUAUGAUAUAUCAGUAUUAGGAUAUGAUCGAAAUCAUCCAAAAUAUCAAAUAGCAGCAAAUAUAUUACGAUCAUAUCAUCAUUGUGAUGAUUUAAAUGUUUGGGAUAGUGAUAAAAAUCUUAAAAAUGAUAUGGAUAAACGAUUUCAAUCAUCAAAUGGUGGAUUAAGUUUUGAACAAUUACAAUGGUUAGAUAAUGAACUAAUCGAAUCCGAUUUAUUAAAUGAAAUGGUCAUUGUAUUUGGUCAUGUUGGUUUACAUCCAAAAUCAUGUGGUUGGGAUUCAAUACUAUGGAAUUAUGAUCAAGUUAUUGAUUGUUUUAAUCAACAUAAUUCAGUUAUUGCUUAUUUUAAUGGUCAUGCACAUAAUAGUGGUUAUACAUAUGAUAAUAAUAUUCAUUAUAUUGUUUUACAUGGUAUUAUUGAAACACCACCUGAUAAUGAAGCAUUCACUACUGUUACCAUUUAUAAUGAUCAUAUGCUGAUUGAUGGUAUGGGUGUUGAACAAAAAAUUCUUGCCACUUAUCAUAAACAAUUUGAUUUUGAACAAAAUAAUCAUUCGAUUCAUCGAAUGUCUAUUUCAUCGAACAUUGAUGAAAUGGAUAUACCUACAUCGAAUACAAUCAAAAUACAAGUCUAAUGUUUUUCAAUUUGAUUAUAUAAAUUAUUUUAAAAAUUUUUCAAAAUG